AGUUUUGAGGUAAAGAGACAUUAAAAUGAAAUUCAUAAUCGCUGUUGUUGCUUUGUCAACUUUCCAAUGCAUUUUAGGAAAUGUUAUACCAUUUCCUGAAACAAUUCUUGAAGGAACUGAAUAUGGUGACAAAGUUCAGGGUGACUUAAUUUUGACUGCUGAACAAUUUGAUGCCAUGUACAAUAAUUCAACUAAGGCUGGAAAAACUGGUCUACUUUCAUCGAGUUAUCGUUGGCCUAAGAAUUCUGCUGGAUAUGUUCAAGUUCCUUAUACAUUUCGAGCAUCAUCUGGGUUCACUCAAUCAGAAAAAAAUGUCAUCAUCAGUGGAAUGCAAGAAAUUCAAAAAUAUACAUGCGUAAGAUUCAUUCAAAGGACAAGCCAGGCUGAUUACGUUGAAAUAAUUAACGAUAGUGGCUGCUGGUCAUAUCUUGGCAGACGAGGUGGUAAGCAGAGCUUGUCGCUAAUGCGAAAUGUGAAUGGAUAUGGGUGUGUAUGGAAAGCAACUGCAAUGCAUGAAUUAAUUCAUGCUCUAGGAUAUACUCAUAUGCAAAAUCGUUUUGAUCGGGAUAGUUAUGUGAAAGUUUAUUUAGAAAAUGUAACUCCAGAUGCAAGACACAAUUUUGAUAAAGUUAAUCCAUCUUACUACGGAAACUUCAACACCGCUUAUGAUCUCAAUUCCAUCAUGCAUUACGGAAGAAAAUCAUUUUCAUCUAAUGGAAGAGAUGUCAUAGUUCCUUAUGAUGGAAGUAAAAUAAAUGUCAUCGGGCAAGCUCAAAAACUUUCAUCAGGAGAUAUCGCAAGGAUCAAAAACAUGUAUCAAUGUUAAAAAUAAUUCAUUAUGAAGAGUUUUUAAGCAUUUAAAGGAUUCAAAUUCACAUCGGAUAGAUGCAUUAUUUGUAUUCAGUUAAAACUGUUUCACUUAAUAAAGCAAAUUUAUAACAUUUCGAUUCAAAAAUA